GUUUGGUUGCACGGUUCCUCAUUUUUUAUUUGCCGGAUAAGGCGUUUCUGUCCGAUUUAUGCUCUUAUACUUUCUUCACUCCUUUUCGAUGUCAAUCUUCAUGAUAUAAUCAUUUGAUUUCAUCUUUUCAAAUCGUAAAAAAAUAAAAAUAUUAUUCGUUUUCAUCUUCUCUAAGCUGAUCCUCCAGCUAGGGUUUUGAAUUAGGGAUUUUAUUGUUGAAGAGCAUCGAGCAAUGCAUUCGGUGCCUUCUGUAUUUGAUCUAUUCACUCCACCGCAUGCUGCAUCUUUCUAUGGUUUUUUGUGCUUUCAUCGUCUGAAAAACAUGGAGAAAUUUGAUUGGGCUAAUAGUCUUAGUUAACGUUUACUUUUUUUUUUUGAAUCAUCGGUUUUCCAAUUGCUCAUUGCGGUUUCGUUUCCUGAUAUUUGUACCCAAAUCUGUUGGUAUAGUUCGUGAUCUUUGGCGUGUCUUUGUUUAGAGGAUCUGACAAGUUCAUUUCAAUCGUCAAACGCAGAGGUCUUUGCUGCUCUCUUUGUAAUUGAUGGACGAUUGCCCUGCUAGCUACAAUUUGGCGUCUGAAAAUGUAGGCGCUCAUUGCGAGUCAUCAAAGGGGAUGCCUAAUUGUGCUUUUGGAAAUAUAGAAGGUCUUUCUCUAAAUGAUUUUGGCCACCAUUUCACUGAAUGUCUCAAUAUUCAGGAUGCUGAAGACUCAAAUGAUAAGUGCAAUGUUGAGACUGUGAAGGAAGAUGUAACUAAAGAUUCCCAUGGAAGUGAUUCUGGUAGUGCUUCUGUAAAAUGCUUGAUCAAAUGUGCAACUUUUCCAUGCUCUGGUAUUAGCGUGCCUCCUGCAGAAUUUGGUGGGAAGGAGCCAGAGGGAAAUAUGAAUGCUGAAGUAACGACACAUGGUGCUGAAGCUAAAUCUCCUGAUUUGCCUUACUCACGUUCCAUAUCUCUGCCAACUCCUUUGAAGCUUGUAUCUGCCAUAAAAGGUGGCCGUGAGAAACAAGGCAGUCUAUCGAGGAAGCUGACUGUAACAUGGGCUCCAGAUGUGUAUGAUCCUAUUCCAACAUCAGUGUCACAUGUGCCAAAUCCAAACAAGGGACAAAACCAUAAGAAUGGCAAGAAGAAGAAUGGGAAGAAUAAGCAGAAAAACAAUGGCAAAUCCUCACGAGGGAGCAAGGGUAGAGACAAGAAGCAAGCUCGUAAACAUGGAGAGAGUUCUCAGAUAAGUAACCAUCCUCUGGAUGAUAGCAAUAUCGAACCUUCGUCAAGCGAGGUACAGUCUAGCGUUGUGGAUUUGGAUAUUGACAGCCCAGAUCCAUUUUGUGGGAGAAGUUUUCUUCAGAACUCUAUCACAAAACUGCACUUCCCGGUUGCAAAGGCCAGCUGAACUCCCUUUUUGAUCUUGGUGGCUUGGCUCUCUUGAAGAUUUCAUCAGAGUGUUGUGUAAAUAAAUAAGUGUGUGAGGGCUUUGUUAAGCAGUGAAACGAGAAUCGUAGUUAGUCGUGGUAUGUUUAUGCUAAACUUUUCUACCUUUGUUAUGUCAGUUGACUCUUAAAUUUGUUCUA